UCCAAACUGCUGCAACACAAAUGCCAUGUAAUUUUCAAAUAAGCCUUAAGCACUUGAUUAGCUGGAUCAUGUGCAUUUAAUUAUGGUUGAAUCUAAACUCUGCAAGGCUGUGACCAUCCAAGAACUGAGUUUGACACCCCUGGUCUAAGUCUUUGAUUUUCCAUAUUUGAUAUAGUUGGCAAAAUGCUUUUCACAGACAUUUACAUGCAGAAUGGCCAAUGUUUGCAGUGUUGGCACCAAUAAAAAUAACUCCAGACCCCCAAGAACGUGAUCUUAACUUAUGUAAGACAGUUGUGAAGACCAGCCAUUUUCAGGCUCGUUACAGAUGUAGAGGAUACUCUCCAAAUGAUGCUUUAUGAUAUUUAAAAACAGUAUCGAAAGUCUGAAAUACACUGUUAAACCUAAGCUGCUUCUCUCAUAAUAAAUGAUCACUGGAAACGGGUGCGACAAAUAGCUAGUAAUAAUAUUACAAAGUAAUUAAAAAUAGACUGAAGUGAGAAAAGGAGACAGAAAUAUAUCUAAAAGAAAGAAAGCGUCUCUAAAAAUAAUUGAGCGCCAUGUGCAUAGCUCUAACUCAUGUUUUGUCAGGGAUAGCGUUUGCGCUCCUCGCGCUUUUACGCACAGAUCGCGUGCUUAGAUCAUGUGCGUCACAGGUUCGCUGCAGGUUCUUAAAAGAGGAGGAUGUGAUUCAACCCCAAAACUAUAGAAUUUUAGACUUCUGAUGUAACGGGGGAGUUUUGGACUGCCCUCGGUCUCCACCAAUGGAGAUAUGGGCAGGGUUCAACACCCAUUUUGCGGGGUAUAAAGCCGGUUUAUGAACAGACUUAAUCAUUCUAUGCCCAAAUUUAACUAUUUUUCUCAUCCACCGCCAUUGGACCGUGAUUUUUAUUAUAAGCAACUUAAUAAGACAUCAUCUCUUUCAAAAGUGCACAGACCAAAAAAAAUGUCUUUUGUGGUGAAAAUGAACGGAGCGCAGAACAAUGGCAUGAACGUCAACGGUGUGCAUCAUGUGAGUGUGCGGACUCGUGUGAGUGUGAACCCGGCCAAACUCAAGAGCCACAGGCAGAGAUGGAACGUCAGACCUUCAGAAAUGUCCAGAAAAACACUCAAUCCCAUCCGAGCCAUAGUGGACGGGAUGAAACUCACUCCCAACCCCGAGAAACCCAUGAUUGCUCUAUCCAUUGGUGACCCUACGGUGUUUGGGAACUUGCCAACAGAUGACAUCGUUUUACAGGCAGUGAAGGAGGCCAUAGACUCAAACAAAUACAAUGGCUAUGCUCCCUCAGUAGGUUACCAAAAAAGCAGAGAAGCUGUUGCAGACUUUUACAGCCGUCCAGAUGCUCCACUGGAAGGCAAAGAUGUGAUCUUAACCAGUGGUUGUAGCCAAGCUAUAGAGCUGGCCAUCAGUGUGUUGUGUAACCCAGGAGACAAUAUCUUAAUUCCACGUCCUGGAUUCUCCCUCUAUAAGACUCUGGCAGUGUCUUUGGGCAUCCAAGUCAAGCACUACAAUCUGCUGCCGGAGAAGUCCUGGGAGAUUGAUCUUCAGCACCUGGAGAGUCUGAUCGAUGACAAAACAGCCUGUCUGAUUGUCAAUAACCCAUCCAAUCCGUGCGGUUCUGUGUUCACCAAAGAACACCAGCAUAAGAUUCUUGAAGUGGCAUCAAGAAAUUGUAUCCCAGUCCUUGCUGAUGAGAUCUACGGAGACAUGGUAUUUCCGGGCUGUGAUUUUCAGCCUUUGGCACCGCUCAGCAGUGACGUGCCCAUCCUGUCCUGUGGUGGUCUUGCCAAGCGCUGGUUGGUUCCUGGCUGGAGAAUGGGCUGGAUCCUCAUCCAAGAUCGUAAUGACAUAUUUGGGACCGGAAUUCGAGAGGGUCUUGUAAAACUAAGCCAACGCAUUUUGGGACCCUGUACUUUGGUUCAGGGUGCAUUAGAAACCAUUUUGAGCGAUACGCCACCCGAGUUCUACCAAGGCACCAUCAGUUUCCUAAAGUCAAACUCAGAGAUAUGUUUCUCAGAGUUGUCAACUGUUCCUGGACUGAAUCCAGUGAUGCCAUCGGGAGCCAUGUACAUUAUGGUGAGGAUCGAGAUGGAACACUUCCCAGAUUUCCAGAAUGAUGUGGAGUUCACUGAACGGCUGGUCACUGAACAGUCUGUGUUCUGUUUGCCCGCUACGGCAUUUGCAUAUCCAAACUUCUUCCGAAUUGUAGUAACAGUCCCGGAGGAGAUGAUGAUUGAGGCAUGCAUUCGGAUCAGAGAAUUCUGUGCACGUCACUAUCGACCUCGGAGCCAAGACAGCCACGAUUUGGAUCAGUGAAAGAACCAGACAGAGAAAGAAAGCUUAAAGGAGGAAAUAAAAGAUCGAAGGGCAGAGCAAGUGGUGUAUGAAGCUGAAGAAUGAAUGAAAGUGUUUUAAGAGAGGACACAGUUAUGUGCAUUACAUUUGACAUGCUUUCCCUGUCAGGAAACCCACAGUUCUAUGAAAACAUCAUAUUUAUAUUUAUAUAUGUACUAUGGCUAGUAUUUUAUAGGGAAGGGAUGGGAGGCUAAGUGGUUUGGGGGUUAUUGAAUGAAUAUGCAUUUUUUUUCAUUAUUGUAAAAUAUUGUAGCUUGUUUUUUUUUCCCUACACUGUAACAGACAUUGUGGGAAGUUUGGGGAGACUGUUACCAAACCAUAAAGCCAUUUAAUGUGUAACCUGC